ACCUUCAACUUCAUCUCUUCCAGAAUUUCCUCACCGUCUUUGAUUUUCAUAUUCAAAAGCCCUUGAAUCCGAAAUCAACAAUGGCAAUCGACCUUCAAUCGUAUCUCUCAUGGCCACUUCCAAUUCAUGAGUCCUUCGAUCGCAUCUCUCAUGGCCCCUUCCAAUCGCAUCUUGAAGCCUCAAUCCAUCUCUUCCAGUCUCGACUCAGAGUCAGAGAGACAUCGGAGGAGGAGAUGCCACUCAAGGUCAAAUGGAGCGGCAAGGAUUACACGGUGCGAGUCUGCGGCGACGACACCAUUGUCGAACUCAAGCGUCGAAUCUGCGAGUUAACCAACGUUUUACCCAUUCGCCAGAAGUUCUUAUACCCUAAACUCGGUUCCAAGCUCAACAACCACUCUCUCAACUCUCUCUCAAUUCCUAAGUUCACCAUGAUCGGGACUACUGAAGAAGAUUUUUUAAUUGUUGAUCCAGUGGAGGCCCCUGAGAUUAUUGAUGAUCUUGAGCUUCCUCAAGAAGAAGCUAUUGACAUCAAAGACAUGGAGGUCAACAAGCACAAGUUGAUCAAGCGCAAUAAUCAGUUCAAGUGCUUUGAAGGAGGUUUGAUCUUUCCAAAGUGAAAUAUGACGUGUCUGAUGGAAGUUGGAUCAAGCUUCAGAACCCAAGUAGCAAGAAGGUUUAAUCAUUGAUUCCCUCUUUGGUUUUGGCUUGCAGUUGUAGGGCUUGAGACUCGAUGGUGUCACCGUGAACUUCUGAAGCAGUUGAAACUGCUUCCAUUUUCAGAAAUUAUGUUGUUCAAUUCACUUGGUGGUCAAAUGGUCCUAAAGUUAGCACAUUAAGAAGGUUUACAUUCAAAGUGGAUUGAAUGCAAAUCCCUUGGUAAUUGAGAGAAAUGAGAUCGACAUUCAAG